AUAUACUAUAAGCAGAUAAGACAUCCUCGUAACUUAGACGAGAAAACAGUCGAACACUGUUUGUAUAAAACCCAAGUCUCAGUUUCUUGUUAUGAUUGGUUUUGUUUAACAAGAUUUGAGGAGAAUAAUAUUAAGAUGUACGUACCAGCACCACCAAAUGUUCCGAGUAUGGCUGGACCAGGAUCUGAUCCUGGUUGGACACAUCAACACUAUCAUCAUAGUACCGUUGGUUCUGGUUUUUUUCGUCGCUACUUUUCUAACUUGUGCUUUGCCCUCUCUUCUUGCUUCUAUUUCCUAUGCUGCUGUUGGGCCUUGGAAGACUGUGUAGGCAGACGAAGUUGGGCUUUAGGCCGUCGUGAUCCUCCUCUAGGCCUAGGCGCAGGAUCUGCAUCUGGCCCAUUUGAACCUCAACCUCCAGAUAUUCCCGUUGUACUUCCCGGCUCACCCGCUCCAGCCGAGGGCACUCUACUGUGAUAAUCUACUUUGAAAUCAAACUUUUUAACUUGUAAUAAGUGUUCAAUCAUGAAUUGAUGUAAUGCCAAAAAGAAAAGAAAAAAGUGCAACAUGUGCGUAAUAAUGCUUCUUGUAUAUUUGUACUAUGUGCAGUGGCAGAUUCAGAUGUUUAAGUUUAUGGAUUUCUAGAACGAUCUAAAGUUAAUAUAUGUAAAAGGUGGUCAUAUUUUUAGGCUUUUUAUUUGUGAGCCUUGUUGGCAUAUUUGAAGCCUUUUAUUUAAGGCCUUAUUGGCCAAAUAAAUAGUUUUGUA